AAAGCAAUGAAAAGGCCUUCUUAUUAAAAAAAUCCUGUAAAAAUGACGUAAACAGAAACAUUUCAUUCAUGAUUUGUUCAUUCAGAAAGUAAAAGCGAAAGCAGUUGUCAAUAUGUCUAUCCAACAUUGAUAUUAUUUUACCUAUUUUAAUAUCACGUAUUUAUUCAGGAUGAGUGGAAAACGUGUCAACAACACGGCGACAGCCAGGCUAAAGCAGGAUUUCAUGCGAAUUAUGCGUGACCCAGUACCAUAUGUUAAAGCUGCUCCACUACCAUCCAAUAUAUUGGAAUGGCACUACAUAGUUACGGGACCAGAAAAAUCUCCAUAUGAAGGUGGGAUCUAUCACGGAAAGUUGAUAUUUCCAAGAGAAUUUCCUUUCAAGCCACCAAGUAUAUAUAUGAUAACUCCAAAUGGAAGGUUUAAAUGUAAUACAAGAUUAUGUCUUUCAAUAAGUGAUUUUCACCCAGACACAUGGAACCCAGCAUGGUCUGUAUCUACUAUAUUGACAGGAUUGUUAAGUUUUAUGUUAGAAAAGAGUGCCACAUUAGGAAGCAUAGAGACAUCUGAUUAUACUAAAAGACAAUUGGCUGCACAAAGCGGACAGUUUAAUUUAAAAGAUAAAACAUUUUGUGAACUAUUCCCAGAGGAAGCUGAGAAAAUAAGAGAAGAGCAAGCAAGAAGGGAAAGAGAGUUGGCAGAAUCAACUAGGAACGGCAACACACAAUCUCAGUUACUGAACGGACAGAAUACAAAUGGAAAUAAUCAAGGGAUUAUAGGCAGUGCAAUGGCUAAUAUCUUUGUUGUGAUUGGACUAGCUGCUUUCGCUUAUACUGUCAAAUAUGUUUUACGGAACAUUGUCGAAUAGGUUACGGAACAUAGAUAUUUUAAUAUACUAAUAUAAUAUAUAGCUGUGUUAAAUUCUUGACUCUAUAUCUGUAUAUCAUGGGAUAAUUUCUUGCCAUUUUAUGUGGCAAUGAAGUCAAAUAUGGAUAUUUUCCAAACAUUUUAUGUGAGUUUUGGCAACUAUAUCACAUACAUGUAAUAAAUGAAGUUAUUUAAAAAAAAUUUUUUUUAUUAUUACUAGGAUGGGUUUUGUAAGGGUUUUGAUAGGGCUCUGUUUUGGAGAAAAGCAGAUUAAGGAUAAAAUAGUUUACAUGUUUUAGAAAAAUAUGAAAAGAAAAAAUAAGAAAAUUUGAGAAAAAGUACUUUAUAUUUACUUGCUUUCUUAAUGUGAUUCCUUAGUUGUGCAGAUUUAAUCUUUUAUUUUAUACAAAUAACUAUUAAAAAAAACUAAAAAAAGUUAUAAAGCACAGAUUAAAGAAAAAUUAGUUUAUGCUUUUGAAAUAUAUAGGGAUUGGAUAUAAGUAUUUCUUUCUUGAACAAAAUUGAAUUCUGUGUCUAUACAUGUGUGUUUGCGGGUAAUCAUGACUUUAAAAUUUGACUCAAAUUUUUUAUGUCUAAAAUUAUUUUUGAAAGAAGACAAACACAAUCUUCUCUAUGUCACUUAAUGGCUGAGUAUUGUUCUCCAUCUACCUUCCUUUACUCCAAACUUCAAAGGUUGUGUCUGUGUACUUAACAUAUGAAUACUAUAAGUUAGAAAUUUAAUUUUAUUUUAGGGAAGCAGUGAAUAAAAGUCCAUGAUUUUGUCAUUAGUUAAUUGAUAUUAUGGCAGUCAGAAAUAAGUAUUGAAAUUAUUAUGUCAGAUGAUUGAUCGUAAUAAACCCAGAGGAUGGUAUUAAUAGAUCAUGUUUUUGAUUAAAAUUUUGUAUAUUGAAAAAAAUAGAGAGUUUGAUGUACUUUGUCUAAUGGAGGUAAUUUUUCUUUUUUUUUUUCAUUUGGUCAUGUUUCUGUUGUUUAAAAUUGGCUUAAAAAGACAGUCACAUGUUAUUGAUGCAAUUAUAAAUGAGAAAGAAGACAAAAAUCUACUUUAUUUUUUUACUUUUUAGUUGUAUGUACAAAUAUAUGACAAAUAAAUUAAAUGGAAUGUAAUCGACUAAACAGCUUAAACAUGUUAAAUCAUUUCAGAUGAUCGAUUAUGUUUUUUUUUUUUGUCUGAUCGGUCAACCCUAUCAGAAAUAUUUUAUUUGUUUCCAUAAUGUAAAUAUGUUUAUAAAUGUAUAUAUAGGGAAUCAUUGUGAUUUAUUGCUUUUAUUUAUAACACAGAUGAUUCUAUUCUGUUUUUUAGAAAAAAAAUUCUCCCUAUUUUUGGUGAAAACCUUUAGCAAAAUGAUAGAAAAUAGCCUUAAAUAAACAAAAAGAACCUCUUGGCUCUGAAAAAAAUUGGCUCUGGGGAAUGAGAAUCAAAGAAAUUUGCUAUUAGGGCCGAAAUGAAAUAAAUUUUAUUGUCUACAUUAACAUUGAAACUUUUCGAAAGCAAACUUGCUAUAAGGUAGAAGAUUUUGUGUUUUUGUUUAAGACAGGUUCCACAUAGAACAGCCAAUAAGAUAGAUUUUUAAAACCAUCAAAUCCCUAAUUGAUUUUAGAAUUUUAUUAAAUCAGGGGGACAUUGCAUUCUCUAUUUUGAUGCAGGUGCUGAAUAUUUUCUCAAAUUGCAUCCUAUGCACAUGCUCAAGACAUCUGGGUGAUUGCUUUUUGAUGGCUACAGUACAAAACGUUGUAGAAAAGUUAACAAUGUUGAAGAUUUUUAACUUAGUUAUAGGGACCAGGCUUGUUUUUUCUAUUUUAAGUAGCAAAUUUUUUUGUUUAUUUGUUUUGUUUUUACUGAUUUGAAAUUUAAGCAUUAGUGUGAGUAAUUAAAAUUUUGAUUAUUAAGUUUGGGAAAUUUAUUUUGUUUUAAAUUUAAAUAAGGAGAUAAAUGUUAUCAUUGGAAGUAUAUAAGCUGUUGUAAAUUUUUGAGCAACCUAUAAUUUCCCGUUCCCAUUAAACCAAAAACAUGACUCUAAUGGGUAUCGAAGCUCAGUUUUGGCAAAUUUAGAUUACAUUGUACUAUAGUGUUGCUUUAAAAAAAAAUUCUGAAGAUGUCCAAAUAAAACGAGAUUGCAAUGGCAGGGUUUUUCAGGCAAGUCAAGGCAAUCACCAUUUUUGGCCAGAUGAGUCCAAAGUUCUGGAGAAAAAAAGUAUUAUCAAGUGGACUCACCAGUUCAGAAAAUAAUGAGUCCAGUCUGAUUUUCAUGAGAUCAGGACUUAUGAACUCAUGCAUUUUAUUGGGAACCCUGCAUUAUGAUUAAAUAAUGUCAUAUUUUAUGACUAAAUUUUGUUUAUAAAAUAUGUUUAUUUGUAUACUGGAAAGUUGAUAUCACAGUAACACUGUUACUCAAAGCAUCAAAUGGACCAGAUAUCUUUUGGCUUUUUGUGUUAUUGGUUUGCUGUUUCAUUGAGAAAUACCCUGCAGAACAUUUUCUUCAAAGCAAAAUUCCCAUAGGAAGGAUGGUGUGUUAAAAUAAUGGUUAUGUAUUCUAAGAUAUAUACAUUUCACAAUGAAAGUUUGGUUUAAUACUAAACUUUAAGAGACCAGACACAAUUGAUCAUAAGUAUACUGAAUUGUUCAAGACUUAUGAUCAAUUAAAGUUUGUAAGAUUUUUUUGUGAAACUUGGGUCUGAUGGAUAAAAUACACCAACCAAUGCAUUCUUGUAAAAAUGGUUUUGUUUUUAAUAUUAAUAUGUUAUUUCCUUUGUUAUAGAAUAUUUUAUCGGAAUACUGUUAAUUUUUGUGAAGGAAAGAAGUAGUUUGCAAGUAAACAUUAAUUUCAGAUGCGAUUCAUACUUGUAAAAUGUUUAAGAAGAGACAGAGACUAUUUUUAUCAGACAAACUAGUUAAAUGGUCUUGUGCACGGACAGUGUGUGGCUCACGAAAUGGGUUUCACCUGUUACUAUGCCACUGAUAAAAGAAAAAAACAAAUGUUUUAAAAUUUAAGACUAAUGUAUUUCCAUCUCAACUAAUGUUUUUCUUUAGAAGAGAAUGACAAUUUUAGAUAUGUAUACUCACAUACACAUUUGAGAGAUGUUAUUUGUUUAUUGCUUAAAUGGUGUAAAAAUCUGUAUUACCAUUGAAAUAUGAAUAAAUCAUGAAAUCGUUCA